UUUGUUUUCUUCUAUUGGUUUUCUUUUAUGGUUUCCGAAAUCGUACAUCAACAAUCAGUAGACGAGAGUGGGCGUGGUGAGGAUCCCAUGCCUCGCUCGCGUGAUGAGAGAAGAUGGGUAUCGUCGUUCUUUUUGGGUGGGGGGGUUGUCUCUUUCCUUUUUUUUCCUCUCUCCUGCUCGUCCUUCCUCGGCGCGGGCUGUUCACCGUGACAUCCAAGGUCGUUCGUUGUCCAAAAGGACAGGCGACGGGGACUCGACGGCGCCGGUCGGAGCAUGCGUCCCCGUAGGGGGCAAGACGCAGAAUCGUGCGCGUCGUGUCUCCGUCGUUGCUGUGUCCUCGAGCGACUCUUUCUGAUCUCUCCCGUGAUCCCCCUCCCUCCUGCCCUUGGGCAACAUGUACACGUACAAC